AUGAUGGCCGUGGAAGGCCGGCCGGCAAGCGCCGGACCCGAUCCUCGGAGAUCCCCCCCGCCCGACAGGAGAGCAAUGAGCGAGCCGGAACCGCGAACCCUUGCUGCCCGCAAAGCCUACCCGGAUUCUGAUGAUGCGCCUCUAGACUUGACAAUUCAUACGCGUAAAGAAAUAACAGUUCGCGAGUUCGCUAGACAUUCGUUCGCGGAUCCAACAGACUAUGUGCGUGCCCAGGCCAUCCUCAGGCAAUCCCGGGAGUACUUGGCCGCCGGACGAGACUCCGGCACAGAAUCGGAUGACUCUGCCGGCCGCCUCAGCCCCGGCGACGAUCCGAUGUCCGGCAAAGCGUACAAGAAAUCACUUAUGAAGAGAUACAGUAAGUUUUAUGUUCGAGUAAUUAUUUUGUUUGCGGAACGGAAUUGCAAACGAUUCGGUGGAAUGUUGCGAUAA